UGUGGACGACAAGACGGUGCCAACUCUACUGUCUUUUCUUGGUUGCUCUCGAUUUUGAAUCUUUCUUCGGUACCUUUCCUCUGGGAAUUGCUCGUCACCGCUCUCCGACUUGACCUCCUCUCUGUCUGAAUCGCAACCUACGGGCAAGACCGACUCGAAGCCAUCUCCAGGACGUCGCGCAUAUCUGUACCGACGAAUAGAGUGAUGUAAACGAUGCCCGAGGACGAUAUCGAUCGAAAAGUGGCAAAGAAGGAAUUCGGAUAGGACGCAACGCGCAACACAUCAAAAGAGAUAUCAUCACUGCCAGAGAAUGGGCUGGUAUAGUGGGGAAGGGGACAGACAAGAUGGGAGACACAUACAAUGACCAUGGCACCUUACAUGGCCGAAGUGAGACGACCCUCGCAGUCACCAUUGCCAUGCUGGUGUUGUGCACAAUCUUUGUGGCGUUGCGCAUGCUAUCGCGCGUCGCUCUGAUUAAAAAAGUCUCCGUCGACGACUACUUCAUGCUGCUCGCAUGGGUCAUCACAGUGGGCUUGUGUGCGUCCAUCUGCAUAGGAACCCGAUACGGCCUCGGACGGCACGAAAGGCAAAUUCCAGCCUCAUGGCAACCAGCUCUGCGAAAGUCGGGCUACGCAUUUUCCGUCAUGUAUCAGCCGGCGCUCAUGGCGACAAAGACCUCGAUCCUGGCCUUCUAUCUGACCUUUUCUGGCGCCGAAAGAUUGUUCAGAUGGGCAUGCUACACUGUCCUCUUCGUUGUCAACGCGGGUGGCUUGGCAUUGACCUUGGUCACAGUUUUGCAAUGCGAUCCUGUGUCAGCAGCAUUUUAUGCGGUCCCGCCACCUCAGGCGCAAUGUACCGACAUACUGACGAUAUAUCUGAGCUCAAUCCCGCUCAACAUCAUCACCGAUCUGGCAAUCUUAUUCUUACCAAUGCCUAUCCUGACAGCCAUGCGAUUACCGAAGAAGCAAAAGCUGAUUCUGGUCGUCACCUUCAGCUUCGGUAUAUUCGUUGCGGCAGUCGAUGUCUUGCGCAUACAUUAUCUGCAAUCCGCAGCUACAAUGCGACUGAGCGAGAUAGCGAACAUGGAAUCGAUGACAUCCUCUCGGAACUCCAUCACCACUGAUUCGAGCUUUUAUCUCGCCUUUUCCUUCAUGUGGAGCGCAAUCGAAUGCACAGUCGGCAUCAUGUGCGCAUGCGUACCAGGACUCAAGCCGCUUGUUGCUCGCUUCAUGCCGAGCAUGCUGAGGAGUCCCGACGACGAAGUUUCCAGGUUCGGCUCGUUCUCGAUAUUAGACGCAGACGCGCAGACAGCAUCGUCACAAGUACCAGAUAUUCCGCCAGACGUGCACUAUCACGACUUUGGAAGAUCGGCUCAUCCCAACGAGGUAGAGGAGGGGCAGCGUGCGGUCGGGAUCAUGGACUUUCUCACGACACCAGAUAUGAACGGAUUCCACUCCAUUGAGCGAUCAACAACGGCUCUGACGAACACGUCCCGUCACACUGCGCCACGUUCGCCUACUUUCUUCGACUUUGUCGUCAUGAAGCAAAAGAAAUCUCUGGUGCAUAUGACUACCAAGGAAUCCAUCUACCCGUUGGCCAUUGUCACCGUGCUCUUCUUCAUUUGGGGGUUCGAAUACGGCCUGGUGGAGGUUCUCAAUCGCCAGUUCCAAAGCGUGGCCAACGUCACUACUGCUCAGGCAGUCGGCAUUCGCAGUGCAUUCUAUUGUGGCUAUCUGGUGGGUCCGAUCACAGUUGGUCGCUGGACACUCAAGCAUUGGGGCUUCAAGGCUUGCUUCCCGCUCGGCUUGAGUAUCUACGGCUGCGGCUGCUUGAUCUUCUGGCCAGCUGCUGUCCUCACAUCGUGGCCGACCUUUCUCGUCACCAAUUUCAUCGUUGCGUUCGGACUGUCGCUCCUGGAAGUGUCGGCCAAUCCAUUCAUCCUGUUGUGCGGUCCUGCUCAGUAUGCUGAGAUCAGAUUGAACCUCAGUCAAGCAGUGCAAGCAGUCGGUGGCAUCGUCGCACCUCUCAUCGCAUCAAAAGCUUUCUACCACACGACUGCCAAUGCACCAACUCUCAUCAACACGCAGUGGGCAUACCUGGGCAUCUCGCUCUCCACCUUCGCCUUGGCGGUAGUCUACUUCUACGUGCCUCUACCAGAAGCCACAGAUGCCGAGCUUGAGGACUCCGUCGAGAGGCUGGACGGCGCAAAUAAAGCGAAGUUUGGCGAAGUUCAUGCCAUCUGGUACAUCCUCGGACUGGGGGUCUUCAGCCAAUUCUGUUAUGUAGGUGCUCAGGAAGUCAUCGGAACCAGUUUUGUGUCGUAUCUCCACACCGUGGCGCCUGAACUGGAUACAACAAACUUUUUCGCAAUCGCGCACACGGCCUUUGCAGUAUCCCGAUUCCUAGCUGCUGGCGCAGGCUUCUGGAUCAGUCCACGCGUGCUGCUGUUGAUGUUCUAUUCUGGCACCAUCAUCUUCAGCGCGCUCUGUACGCAUUUCACAGGCCGCACUGGCGUUGCCAUGAUGAUCAUGGUCUUCUUCUGCGAAGGGCCACUGUUCAGCUUGAUCUUCGGCCAAGCACUUCGUGGACAAGGCAGACACUCCAAGUUUGCCAGCGUCCUUGUGACAGCCGCAAUUGGCGGCGGCGCCAUUUUCUCGCCAAUCUCGUCUGCGCUAGUGGCACAUGGCCGUAGCGUUCCUUACAGCCUGGUCGUCGCCGUGGCCGCCUUCUCCGGUGGAAUCGUUUUCGCAUUCGGACUGAACCUUUCUCGUACAGUACGACUGGUAGUGGACCCGCUCAAGGAGCAUUCAGGCUCAUUGUUCGGCUCUGAUGACCGACCAGGCUCACACAGCAGUCGGGCGAGUCGUGCCUUUAGCCUUUUGAGCAUUGCGAAGCACAAGAGAAACUCUGGGUGUGUUGAGUACCGAGAGCGAAAAGGAAGCGCACCCACAGGUUGAUGAAAGGCCUGCUGGACCAUAAUGAUUCGCAUGAGAAAUGAAAUGAGAUUAUCAUGCAUGGUUGACAUCGCUCCGGCUAGCGUAUGGCACAGCAUGUCUGUUAUAUAUAUGUCCUUUAGCGUCUGGCGUCCUGGUGUUGAUGACUACGGUCGUCCAUGGGGAAUGGGGGAUUAUGUUUCGUGCUGCCUUGACAGCAUCCGGCAUCAGUGUGUACAUAUCUUUCACAUAUGGAGGACACUUCUGCAAUUCAGGCGAAGUGAUUUU